CCAUGGACUACGAGAGGUCCGGAUGUCACCUGAAUCAGGAAAGGACGAAAAAAGGACGAAGGCUACAGCUGCUUCAGAUGCUGGUCCUGCCUUUCCUGCCUAUCCUGGCGCUGAUCCUGCAGACCACACUUCAGCUAAGGAGCAGUCUCAAGUAUAAGGAGGAAAUCAUCGAUAUAGAGGCUCAGGUGACAGGUGCCACCAGCCUGGGCAAGGUGGUGACCAUGUUGCAGCUGGAACGCAGCGAAGUGGCCUUCUCAGUGUUCACCAAUGGCAGCACUCUGCGCUCCAACCUGACUCAGCGAUUCGCCAUCACCGACCGCGCAUUGGAUGAGGUCACCACCUGGCCCGCCACACACACCAAGCUCAUUGUCUUCAGCAAGGAGGCAUUCAGAGCCGGGCUCGACCAGUUCAGGGAAAAGAUCAGUUCGGAGGAGACAGACAUGGACGAGGUGCUAUCCUGGUACACGGGGGUGAAUGCGGCGUUGCUUCGUCAUCUGACAAGUCAGAUCAAGGAAUCAGAAGUUGGAGUUUGGAAACAGCUGAUCGGGCUCAAAAACCUGUUGCGCAGUAUUGAAAACCUCGGCAUCAGCACGGUUUACGGCAUAGACUACUUUGCCAGAGGUCGGCUAUCGAGAUGUGACUACACGGAAUUCGUAAAACAUGACGCCGUGGCUGUCGACCUGUUGAAUGCGACAUUUUCCUAUGUGCCCCAAUUGGGACGGCUGUAUAGGCACCAACUGCAGAACACCAGUGAGAGGAGGCAUAUAGAUCGAUUACGCAAGGAAAUAAUGAUCAACGAACGCCGACCAUCCAGUGUGAACGACUCUAUUCAUUACUACGAUCUGAUGGCAUCCUACAUUGAUGAACUGCGAGUUCUACAGCAUAAAAUACGCACUGAAAUCAGGGAAGUUGUAAACGAAGACCUGCAAGAUGCCAGUCGUAGGGAAGCGAUAGGGUUCGCCAUUUUGGUGGCCGUACUUGUCAUUUCUCCCGUCAUAAUUGUACUCGUAAAGAAUGCUGUUGCUACCAUACAGGUAUAUGCAGCCGAUUUAGCAGAUAAAGCCACAGAACUUCAACAGGAGAAGUUACGUAGUGAUACAUUGCUCUAUCAAAUGCUACCUCCAAGUGUAGCCCAACAGCUAAAGAAUACAAUGCAGGUGCCAGCUGAAUUUUACGAAGCAGUCACCAUCUAUUUCAGUGACAUUGUUGGUUUCACUGAAAUUGCAGCUGUGAGCACGCCCCUAGAGGUGGUUCGUUUCCUGAACUCUAUUUACAAGCUGUUUGAUGCACGCAUAGAGUGCUAUGACGUCUACAAAGUGGAGACUAUCGGCGAUUCUUACAUGGUCGCAUCUGGAUUGCCUGUCAAAAAUGGCGACCGUCACGUGUGUGAAAUAGCCACAAUGGCCCUAGAUCUUCUAGCCGGCUCCAUGCUGUUCCCCAUACCUCACAGGCCGGCCGAGAGGCUUCAGAUCAGAAGUGGCAUCCACACUGGGCCAGUAGUUGCCGGCAUUGUCGGCACCAAGAUGCCUCGCUACUGUCUCUUUGGAGACACUGUCAACACUGCUUCUAGAAUGGAAUCUACUGGAAAAGCACUACGAAUCCACAUCAGUAUGGAGAUGAAGAGGGCCUUGGAUGAAGUGGGCGGAUUCAAGAUGGAGCACAGAGGAUUCGUUGAUAUAAAGGGCAAAGGAGUGUUGGACACCUACUGGCUGACCUGCAAGGAAGGUCCUUUUGCCAAAUCCUGCCACCAGGAGUCGGAUGCCUUCUACGCAUCAGCUGAUCCCGAACCGGUGUUCAUGCGUCAGCUGCGGCAGACAACAGCUGCUAACCAACAUCAGCUGGCGGCCCGGAACAGCUGGCAUUAUGGCCGGCGCUGAAUGAAAUCAGCUGAUCGAUAGAUGGCCUCACCGCUUCACGCCUCAUGAGUUUCAUGUUGUUUAUUGAUCAUCAUGAGUUGAAUCACAAAACUGGAUAAUACUUCCACCUCAUUUUUUAUUGGAAAUUCAUAAUUUUCUCAACCUCAAAAGACCUGAAAGAAUUACAAGUUCUUCAGCUGAGUAAGAUAAAAUAGCUUGGUUAAGUGCGCUAAGAAUAGAUAAUUCAUGUACUACUUAUGUUCUGAUCUCUUAGACAGGGGACAAAUGGUUUUUUGUAUGGAGAAAUUAGACUAAUAUUCAACAUUUGGGAAGUGUAGCUUUUUUAAAAUCCUGCAGUUAUCUAGUGAAAAUUCUGUAUAUAGUAGCUUUCAACAUGAGUUUUUUAAUAUAAUAUUAAAAUUUUAAAUGUAAUAUUAUUGUAUAGAAGGAAAUAUACAAUUCACAUCCAAAUCAAAUAUCAUUUCAAUUAGGUACUGUAUAUGAAAAAAAGUAUUUUUUAAAAUAUAUAAUAUUCAUAAAUC